AUGACAACCGACCGAAUGCGGAGAACUUUCAAAUCAAAAUGGCGUUUGCAUUUAUGGCGCGUUAGAAAAAGUGCUAAAAUAAUGCAAUAUUGGGAAUAAAUAAUCAUUAUUUUUGUGAUAAUUCAACAUAGUUUUGCACCUUUAACUGGAACCCUCAUAUACUUACCUAACUAAUCAUCAAUGUUCAGUAGUAAAUAUCAACUUCGUAUACGUACCCCUGAAAAUGGCACAGAUCGUGAAAACUUCUUGUCAUUAUUAGUGGAUGAAUUUUUAAACUCAAAUUCAUUUGAUGCUAAAUGCCAAGUUUUAGCUAAUUUGGCGAAUUUUGCUUACGAUCCAGUCAACUAUCAUUACAUAAGGAAUGUUGGAGUUUUGGAUAUAUUUCUACAUGUCAUUAAGAAUGAGUCAAAUAACACACUCUUAAAAUUUGCCUGUGCUGGUGUCAGCAAUCUUUGCAUUGAUCCCUUGAAUGCUGAGUACAUCUUGAAACAUUUGGGAUUGAAACACAUAAAAGAUUUACUGAACUCUGAGGAAAGUGAAACAGUGGCAAAUACCAUUACAAUCUUAAUAUAUCUUUGUACUGAGAAGACAAAGUCUGAAAUCAACUCUCCUCAGGUUUUUCAAGUUAUGCAGAGAUUAAAAGAUUCAGAGAACAAAGUACUGUCCAAUUUGGCAAACAUUUUCCUACAAGAUGUCUGCAACGCGCAUUAAUUGUAAUAAAUAUUCAAAGAAGUAAUUGAAAAGCUUUUUCGAGAUGAACAAAAUACUUUCUAAUAGGUUCCCCUACAUAGCGGUGAACAAUAAGAACUAUCAGAAGAUUUGUAAGUUACAUACACCUACGUUUAGUAG